CCUUCCAGGGUUCAGAGAGUAGCAACUUGGGAGUACCUGACAAUUGGUUUUAUUUCAUCAAGUGUCGCAGUAGAUUAUCAAAGAAAGUUUACAAAGUUGUUUAUUUUUUUUUAGUUUAAUUGAAGUUUAAGGGUUGCGGUUUGGAGUUGCUAAUGUUACAGAAAGUGGCACCUGGAGCGAGAGCGUGACGUGUUGGAAAGGCUGGGAGCUGCGAGCGCGGGGAGAGGCUGCCGGCAUCGAGUGGAUCCCACAAGGACACGGAUCCUGGAAGGACAUGCGGCGGUCGGCGUGGUUGCUUCUGCUACUGCAGGCGCUGAACUGGGACCUGACCUUGGGACGUAUUGUACAAGUCCCAAGUGGUCCCCUGUACCGUGUGGUGAACACCACAGUCAGCAUUCCCUGCAACGUCAGUGAUUAUCAAGGACCGACUGAACAAAAUUUUGAUUGGAUUGUGACUCGUAACCACCAGCAAUCAAAGAUCAUCAGCACACUGGAACCAGAGUAUUCAGAUCCUAACUACAAGGAGAAGAUUCAGAAAAAUGAGAUUUGGGUAAAGAGACUCAGUGACAACUCUGUUGAGCUACACUUAAAAAGUGCUCAAUUUGAAGAUGAUGGGGAAUAUCAAUGCCAAACACCCAGUACAGAUGAAAAUAGUAGUGGAAAUUAUGAAGCCUCUGUGGUUUUGAGAGUGAUUCCUGAUAAACUUACUGUAUCACCUGCAAAGUCCAGAAGUCUGCCAAAAAGGAACUACACCGAAGGGAAGGCCCUGGAACUUCAGUGUGUUGCAACAACAACAUCAUCUGUUUCAACCCAUCUUUCUGUCAAAUGGCAGCUGACAAAAAAUGGAGGUGUGACAGAAGACAUUCUGUCUUUCACUAACGAUCAGUUCCUGCCUGGCGGUUCGUACGCAGCUAGGUAUCAGCAGGGUGAUAUUAGAAUGGGCCUGGAAAAAAACGGCAUUUUUAAGCUCUUUAUUAACCACCUGCAGCUUGAGGACAGUGGCGUAUACUCUUGUGUGGCGGCAGAGUGGGUCAAGGAUGGUGGCUCCAGCUGGAAAAAAAUUCAGGAGAAAAGUACAAACAUUGCAACGAUUGGCGUUCAGUCAUUAGCGCAGACUCUAAAUGUCUCUGCAAGUGGGAGGAUGCUCACUUUGAACAAAGGUGAUGAGAUUGAUCUGGUCUGCACAGUAACAGGUGCUGAAGACUUUGGUGUUGAGGUCAGCUGGUAUGCCAGCACAUCUCCAGCAGUUGACACUCAAAGCGGGAAACUUCUGGUGCAUAUGAAUCUUGCAGCAAUAGUUAACGAUUCAAACUUUAUCACCUUGAACAAAAUUAGUAGUAAUGACUACAGACUGAGAGUGCUACAAGUUGAUGAAUCAGACAGUGGAUAUUACUACUGUGCAGCCUCUGUUUGGACCCCAUAUAUCAAAGCAGCAGAGAAAACCUCUAAUCCUCUCCAUAUCACUGUGGCACUUCUAGAUCCUACGUAUACUGUUCACCUAAGCUCCAUAAGGCUGCCCAGCUCCUCGGGAGAACCAGCAGAGUUUGAAUGCCAAUUGCUAGAUUUGCAAAACACAGAUGAUGCAAGAUUAGAUGUGACUUGGUAUUUCAAGCCAAAUGGGUCGGAUGAUGAUGCCAGAGUGAGUGUCCCAAUAGCAACGAUGGGUCAAGAUUUGACACUAAAAGUGAGCAAUCAGUAUAAUGAGCGAGCUGAAAAAGGAGAGGUUACUUUCAUGAAGCCCAGGCUGUAUAUUUUCAAGUUUCAGGUGCAGCAUGCAUCUGCGUCUGACCGAGGAGAAUAUUUUUGCAAUGUUUCUGCCUGGAUUAAACAACGAGGAAAUACGUGGUUGAAGAAACAGGAAUCAUCUUCCCUCGGUGUUGAUAUGUUCUGGAAAAUUGAAGACCCACGCCUAAGCAUAACUGCAACAGAGGAAAAACCAGUAGCUACAAAGGGUAGCACUUUUGAAAUGACAUGUAGCAUUUCUGCAGAGCAUCUUGAAGUUCCUUAUUAUUCGGUGGUUGUAUCAAUGAAUGAACCAGCCUUUAUUGAAGCAAAGGACAGUAAAAAACUGAUCUCAUUGAGUCGGGAUUCAGUGGUAAAGCUGGAGCAAUUGAAUAUUAACCACCAACCAGAAGAUCUAGUUUUGGAAAAAGUCAGUGACAAGGAAUUCCGUUUUCGGCUGUACAGGACUCAAUUUUCUGAUGAAGGAUCUUAUUACUGCAUGGUACAGGCAUGGGUUCCCGAUGCAAAUGGAAGGUGGUCGGAAGCCGUUUCUAGUUAUUCAAAUGCCAUUGCUGUCGCUUUUAAAACAGCAGCACCUCAGUUUAACGUGACAUUGGAGUCUGAGAGACCUCAUGUGUACCAAGGAGAGACUUUGGAAAUGAAUUGCACUUUUGACCUGUCGGAGAUACCGGACACCUCAGAUGUUUUAUAUGAGGUGGAAUGGUUCUUCCAACGACAUUCUUUUAACGUCAGCCAGAGUCCUUUGGUGUUUGUGGAUCAGAGAUCAGUGGUGACAUAUCUGAAAGACUUUGGUACCAGCAGCAUGAGCGUUGAGCGAACCAGCAUGCAGCAAUUCCGUCUGCGCUUACACUGCUCCGAUAGCGAUUUUUCUGGAGAUUAUUCUUGCAAGGUGGCACCGUGGAUAAAAUCUGAGACUGGAACAUGGCAGAAAAUACCACCACAACAAUCUGGGAUACUUUCAGUACGCGUUGAUAUUUCAGUACUAGAUUCCUUUAAGAUGCCUUUGUUGUAUGGGAUUGGCAGUGCCUUAUUGAUUGGUAUUCUCGCCUGUGCCAUCGGAUAUUGCGCUUCUGCAAGCAUACCUAGAGGAGGAAAUGUACCGAUAGAUGAGCGACGUGGGUUACUCCGGAAAUGCCUGAGCUGAGAUCUUUUGCACUGUUCAGUGACCACUGGAGAGAAACUACUGAAACUACCUGUAUGCUGACAUUUGAGGACGACAAAGAAAAUGUCAAAUCUUUAAGAGUUUGGCCUCAUGCAAUGAUUUGUAAUUAUUUUUAAGAAAGCCAUGUUCAGUCUUGAGUUGAGUAAAAAUAAUUUGGGAAUGGCAGUGUGAUUUUUGCAAAUUUAUUAUUUUUCACUGCAAUAAGUCAUGCUACGGAGAUACUGCCAGUUUCUUCCACCUUUGCCAUUUCUGUCAAGUAGAGCUGGACCAAGCCACGCUACUUUGGUGCCUGCUGGUCAGACACCAUAUUACUGUGCUUUCAAAUUACCACUGGUGGGUUGCGCAAUAAACUCCAUUCUCUUGAAUGCUAAUAUGAAUAAGUAUUUGCUUUGCCAAGGCAAGUUCAAAAUCAUUGUGUGACGAUUAUAGAGGUAAUUUUAUGCAAAGUGACAAGGUCCAGCUUUAAAAAGGCAGAGGCUAGGGGAAUAAACAAGAUGUAUUCAGCAUGUUCUUAAAAUCUUUCUCAUUGGAGAAAAGUGUACUGAAUAGUGGGGAGCUUUUCUGCCAGAGAGAAAUAUAUUCUCUGCUGCUUUUGGGCAGGGCAUGAAGUUCCAUUUUAAGUGAUGAAUUUCAAUAAAUGGGGAAACGUUUUAUUGCUGUCUUUGAAUGUGUAUUACAAACUAAAAUUUAUACUAGAGAACAAUGGGUAUAAUACAACAAACUCCAAUACAAUCCACUUAUGACAUGCCUGGCUUUUUCUUAGAAUAUUUUGCAUUUCAAGUCUGAACAAUUAACUACUUUAUUAAUCACACUUUUUCUGGAAAAUGAUCACAGCAGUCAAUAGCCUGUAACUUCACUUUCGGAGAUGAGCUUUUGAACCACAUGUACGACCUGGCAUUUUUGCGGUGUGAACAGAAGUUUGAAAGGCAUGUGCGGGCUGAAUCAAGGCAGUGGAGCCCAGGCCCAAGAACACAGAAUGAGCCAAUAUAUGGCCAUUGCUGGAGCGGACUUGAAGCUGAUUGGAAGCAGUGGAUCCAGAGAGAGGAAAGAGUCAACGUUUGACUGAUUUAAGCACUGGGCCAGAUUGGAAAGAGUGGGUACGAGCCAAAUCGAGGCAGCAGGGCCCAAGCCCAAGAGCGAGGAACAAGCCAAGGUUUGGCCGACUUAAGCAAUGGGCCAGAUUGAAAAGGUCAGGGUGUCGGGGCUAGUGUCCAAGGGCAGACUGGGGUUCAGUUCAAUGCUCAGCGAUUCAUCUCUGUGCUGAACUGAGGCUGUGGCUUGCCGUCUCCUGGAUCGUCUGUGAUUGGCUUCAUGGCUGUGAGCUCACUGUUCUGAAUGUUAUUUGCUUACUUUUUAUUGUUUGCACGAUUUGUUCCUUUUUUUGCACAUUGGGUGUAGGACGCUCUUCGUUUUAAUGUGUUCCAUUGGGUUUCUUUGUUUUGUGGCUGCCUGUAAGGAGAUGAUUCUCAAGGUUGUAUGCAGUUUACAUACUUUGAUAAUAAAUGUGCUUUGAAC